UCAGCUGAAGUGUUGCGCUGAGCAAAGCUGGUGCGGUUCUGGUACGGGGUGGGUCUGCAGAUUCGUAACCCGUAGGUCCUACUAGUACUAGCAUAGUGGUCUGACGCCAAUCCCGUGUCUGUUCGUGAGAGUUCUCUGUACCUUGCGCAGCUAUGGCUUCCGCUGCUGCCAGCAAUGCCGCGCACUCCGUAAAGGCCGCCGUGGUGGGGUUCAUCGGGCUGGGCAACAUGGGCGCGUGCAUGGCCGCCAACGUGCUCCGCCACAACUACCCGCUAGCCGUCUUCGACAGGAACGAGGCCGCCAUGGACUCUCUGGUGCAGCAGGGUGCGCAGCCAGCGGAUUCACCUGCAGACCUGGCCACUAAAGUGGAUGUGAUUAUAACGAUGCUUCCAACCCCUGCUAUUGUGUUGGACGUCUACACAGGCCCAUCCGGCGUCCUCACAGCAACAACCACCACCCGCUCCCCUCCCUCCUCCUCAGCCACUCCCACCCCUCAGUCCCCUCCGUCCGCCGCACCUCCUCUCCCUUCCUCCUCCUCCAUCAGGCCCCAUCUGCUCAUCGAUGCCUCCACGGUGGACCCUGCCACGUGUCAUGCCAUCGCUGCCGCCGCACAGGCAUGCGCCGUGGCGCCCAGCGCGCUGCACUCGCUGCAUGGUCCCCCCUUGGUGGUGGAUGCCCCUGUGUCAGGAGGUGUGGGUGGGGCCAAGGCAGGCACACUCACGUUCAUGGUGGGCGGGACCUCAGAAGCAUUCAGCCAGGCGGCGCCGCUGCUGGCCGCCAUGGGCUCUCGCUCGGUGCACUGCGGCCCCACUGGCUCAGGCGCGGCGGCCAAGCUGUGCAACAACCUCGCGCUGGCCAUACAGAUGGCGUCGGUAUCAGAGGCCCUAGCACUGGGGCAGCGCCUGGGGCUGUCCCCGGCGCUGCUGUCCGCCAUCUUUAACUCCUCCUCUGCCAAGUGCUGGUCCAGUGAGGUGUACAAUCCAGCACCAGGCGUGAUGGCGGGUGUGCCCUCUGCGCGGCACUACCAAGGCGGAUUCUCCAACGCUCUCAUGGUGCGGGGUGAUGCGACGCUGUGGGUUGAUCUAGUGAAGGUUCUCUCUACUGGCGUACUUCGGAUCUUGUACAGACCCACUUUGAGCAAGGACCUGGGUCUGGCCGUGGCAGCAGCACGGGCAGCAGGGGCGCCUGUUCCUCUGGGGGAGAACGUCAUGGGCAUGUACUCCGACAUGGUGAGCAAGGGUGCAGCAGGGGAUGAUUUCUCCAGCAUAUACAAGCACAGCUAUGGCGGUGAGCCAGUGGAGGUCUGAAGGAAGUGGAGGCGUGGAGUCUAAUUGCAUUGGCGGGUGGACUGAGGGGUGUUCAGGAUGGAGUCUGAAUCUGCAACGGAAUUGAAGUGGGCUCGCGGAGGAAACGUGUAUGUGCAUUUUUGCAUGUUAUUGCUUUGUAAAUAUUUAGCAUUUUUGUACAGGACGAAGUAUCAUACUUCGUUGGACGUAUAUUUACACCAAUUUCCCACUAGCAUGUCGGUUUUAUAUAGUUUCUACCAC